AUGCCAAAUGAACAUCUUGCAAAAGGUCAAAAUGGACAACAUUUUUCAACACCUCAUCAAUAUGGACUUGAAUCAACACGUGAAUCAAUCGAUAUGAGUAAUCAAAAAGAACGUUUUAGUUAUCAACCAAAUUUAUUUACACGAAAAAAUGAUGCAUUUGGACCUUGGAAUUUCAAUUAUCUACUGACACUUCUCUCACUCGAAUAUCAAUAUGGAGAAUCCGAUCGAAAACAAUUUCCUCCUGUAUGGAAAACUUGUCCGACAACAAUAGUUAAAAUGAACAUUAUCAAAGAGUAUCAAAACAAUGCGACUAAUGCAACGGCAAUUCAAGUUCCAACAGAAUUAUCCGGCAAAAAAGACGAUGUUACUCUUAAAGGUCUUUUUAAAAUUAUUUGUCGACAAAAUCAACGUAGUGAAGAUUGUAUUCCGGGUUGGAUAGAAGCUUUUCAAGGAAGUCCUCGUGCUAAUUAUAAAUUUACAAGAACAAACAAUGACGAUUUACAAGAAUGUCUUUCAUCGUCAUUGCCAUUAUCAAUACGGUCUAUUUAUCCAUGUAACACAUUAACAAAUCAAAAUAGUUCUCAAUAUCAAUGUGAUCAUUUCAAUGUUAGUGGACUGUCGAGUAUUCAUGGAGGUCGAAUUUCUCAUUCGCCUGCUGUUAUUAUUCAUGUAACGAACAGUAGCGAUGUUCAAAAAGUGGUUAAAUGUGCAACAAAACUGGAUUACAUUGUGAAUGCAUUAGGUGGUGGCCAUAGUUAUGAAGGCUAUGGCUUAGGUUCAAUGUACAACAAUAUUAUUAUUAACAUGGAAGCCAUUAAUUACAUCAAUAUUAAUCAACGCGAUAGAACUGGUACAUUUGGAGCUGGUGCAAGACUGGGUCCAAUCUAUUACAGAACAUAUCAAUCUGAUAACUAUACAAUUAAUGCUGGAUCUUGUGCAUGGGUGGGACUGGCUGGUAUUGCACUUGGUGGUGGUUAUGGUUAUCUCGCUCGAUUAUAUGGAUUGCUGUCUGAUAAUAUCUUGGAAAUGAAAGCCGUUAAUGCUCAAGGUGAAUUAUUGACAAUAAAUGAAACUCAUGAACCUGAUUUAUAUUGGGCAUUACGUGGUGCCGGUGGAGGUUUGUAUGUUAUUGUUACAGAAUUUAAAUUUCGAUUAGUUAAAUCUCCGUCACUUGUCACGAGUUUUUCAUUCGCAUGGUAUGCGAAUACAACAAAAUUAGUAAUACAACAAUAUCAAUCAUUAUUAUUUAAUGAUAAAAUAUUCAAUUUAAGUAAUAAUAUAUUUUGGCAAAUGCAGGUGAAUAAUAUUCUUAUACAUAUUUCAAUAGUUUAUUUUGGUAUGGAAUUAGAAGAGUUUAAUAAAACUAUAUCGUUAUUGUUAGCAAUGUUACCAACUCCAAAUAAAACUGAUUUACGUAAACGAGAUUGGUUGACUUUUGUUUAUGAAAGUUCAGACGUUGGUAAUCUUAAUGGUGAUCAUCGACAAUUAUUACUUGAAAAUUUAACAUAUCCAACAUAUUAUUUUAAAGCCAAACAUUUAUUUUAUGAUCAACCGAUAAGUGAUCAUAGUCUUGAUCAAUUUAUUGAUCAAUUGGCGGUAGGUGAUGGUCAAAUUUCUAUGUCAUUUAGUCCUUGGGAUGGAUAUUUAAAUACAAUUCCAGUUUAUCAGACAGCAUUUCCACAUAGACGUUUUAAAUUCGGUAUUCAGUUUUUGAUUUCUUGGAAUGAUGAACAAGAUGAGCAAAAACAAAUGAAUUGGUUAAAUCAAGUGUAUUUGACUAUGUACAAUGAUUCAACAAAACAUUCAUAUAUUAAUUAUAUGGAUAGAGAUGUACCGAAUUGGAUGAAUGUUUAUUAUCACACACAUCAACAACGAUUAAUUAAUAUUAAACAUAUUUAUGAUAAGAAUAAUCGAUUUUAUUUUGAAAAAACAAUAGAAUCAAAUGGAGGAAAUCAGGUCCCAUUUCUGAACGUUCAUUUUGCAAGCUUCAUAAUAUUUGUAUUUUCCAUCAUAUAG